UAUAGAAAGAGCAGCUCCACUCUUCUCUCUAUGAACUGAACGUCAGGAGGACCUGCCUGAGCUGCAGCUGUGAAACAUGGCCUGGAGUUUGUCUGCAAACUUCUCGAAAAUGAAGUUGGUGACCAUACAGGACAGUUAUGAUUACGGGGCGCAUGAAACAGGACACAAGCGUGAGGUUCUGAUUAUCUGUGACCUGAAAAGGCCGGGAGCCUGGUCAGACUUGAAGAUAAUGUCUCAGAUGUUUCAGGACCAAGGCUUUGUUCAGUAUGUGGAAGGAAGGCCCACUGAACAGAGGCUGGAUGCUACUCUGCAGGGGUUUUGGAGGAGUCUGUCUUAUGAUGGUAAUGUGAGCGGUUUUGUCGUGGUCAUCAUGGCUCACGGCUCGCUGGGCACUAUCUCUCUGCCUGUAUAUCCUGAGGAUUACUAUAAUUACGAGGACUACGUCCUCGCCGAUUUCAACCCACCUAAAAGAAGCCUGGAGAGUAUUUUCGAAAAGUUCAACAACCGUAAUUGUCCAGCAAUGCGUGGGAAACCAAGACUCUUCAUAGUGCAGGCCUGCAGAGGAGACGGUGGUUUGCAUCAGAACACUUGCGGCAUGAUUCAUACUUUCGAUAGUAACAGUAUGUAUGUACCCUCUGUGCCCAGAAGACUGACCUCCAUGUCUGAAUACGUGAUUGUCUACGCGACUCACCCAGGAAAACUUGCUUACAGACACCCUUCAAAGGGCUGCCCUCUGUUUAUAGAGCUGGAGAAGGCUGUUAACUUGCAUGGCCUCACUAUGGAUAUUCUACAGCUCUUUACCAAGGUGACUAAUUCUCUGAAGCAGAGGCAGCGCUGGGACUGUUACGAGCUGGGAAUCACAGAGCAGGAAAGCUCUUUACACAUUGUGCACGAACUCAGCAGGAAGUGGUUUCUAUUUAAUCCUGACCUGCCGUACAUCUGGGGUGGGUUUCCUGAAUACAAUCAAUAUUAGCGAAUAACGAACAAACUAACGCAUGCCGUGGGUAAAGAUCGAGACAGUCCUGUGAGUGUUUCAUUUCAUUGCUUUAGCAUCACUAGGCUCUUUCAAUUUUGUCACAUGUUUAAAUUACAUUUAGUAUAAUGAUAAACGCGUUAAAGUUUCCAGAUUAACGGCAUGCGUUGACAUUAUUUCUUCUAUCCCCAAACAUUUGAUAUUGUUCUGUGUUGAAAAGAAAAAGGAUAUUGUUCAAUAUAAAAAACUAUUAAACUUUUAUAAACUUUUAUUUUAUAACAGUUGCUCCAUAUAGUCCCAUUCAUUUUGGACUCACUUAAUAAUCUAACAAACCCAGAAUAGAUUCUUCAGUGGGUAUUCACUCUACAGACUUUCUGGUUUUGCCCACAUAACAUGUAAUAUAGACAGACAGACAGCUAGCUUAGCCAGCUAGCAUUAAGAUUUUAAGUCUUUUUUUUAUAUUGACACUGGUAAUAUGGUGAAUAAAGCUUUUGUAA